UUUUGGACCGGUCCACUGGCGUGUGUGUGUGUUUGUGUGUGAGAUAGGAUGUGGUUUGAACCAGCGAGUGGUGCGACAGCUCAGUGAAAGGUAUCACAAGUACCUCAGUCUGUCAGAGGACCACCGCGCAUCCAAGCGAGGUGGAAGGGGGGAAAAAAGGAGGGGUGAAGGCAGACAAUGCGGCUUGAGAUGCGUUUAUUCCUCCGUGCAAUUUACACCCACUUCCACGAGAAGAUGAUGUGCCGAAGAUGAGGAGAAGGGGUUUCUCGUGAAUUGUCUAUUUUUUCCCUCUAUUUUUACAGCCUCGCUGAUUAAAUUCACCCGCGUUUUGGCAGAGAAACAAAAACAGAGAUGAAAUUUCCAUUAGAAAACCCAAGAAAACAAGUUAACUGGGACCCAGAACAAGUGGCGGUCCAAACCAACUUGGCCCCUCCCAAAAAGGUCCAGCCCGGCAUGGUGAAGUCAAGUCUGGUCCAGGCCAGCGUGGCCACCAUGCAGAACCCCAUGGGCUGCGACCCAAAGGCCAACGGUCACUGCCCGCUGCCACGUCUGUCCAUCUCCUCCCGCUCCGCCAGCGUCGUGGCCAGCAUGGACACCAGCUGUGACGGCUCGAUCGCAGCCCUGCACUCGGUCAUGAAGUGGAAGACGGUGCUGGCGGUGUUCAUCGUGGUUGUCCUUUACCUGGUUUGCGGGGGACUGGCGUUCAGGGCUCUGGAAGAGCCGUUCGAGAGCAACCAGAAGACCAGCAUCACCCUCGAGAAGGCGUCUUUCCUGGAAAGACACCCAUGUGUUACAUCUGAAGAGCUGGAUGGCAUCAUCAAGCACGCCAUAGAUGCUGUGAAUGCAGGAGUGAGGCCUUACGGAAACACGUCGUACAAUUCCAGUUACUGGGACCUGGGCAGUGCCUUCUUCUUCGCUGGAACUGUCAUCACAACCAUAGGUUAUGGAAACAUAGCCCCGAGCACGGAAGGCGGGAAAAUCUUUUGCAUCCUUUAUGCCAUAUUUGGCAUCCCUCUCUUUGGCUUUUUGUUGGCCGGGAUCGGAGACCAGCUGGGGACCAUCUUUGUGAAAAGCAUCUUGAGAGUGGAGAGGAUAUUCAGGCAAAAACACAGACAGAUAAGUCAGACGAAGAUAAGAGUGACGUCCGCCCUCCUGUUCAUCCUGGCUGGCUGCAUCGUCUUCGUCACCAUCCCUGCUGUCAUCUUCAAACACAUCGAGGGCUGGACCACUCUGGAGGCCAUCUACUUUGUUGUGAUCACUCUCACCACGGUGGGGAUAGGAGACUACGUGGCAGGUAAGAGCUCUGCAACAGACGGCUGUUCUGAAACAAUCAGCUGCUGUUUGGAACCACCGCCGCUUAUUUCUCGUCACCCCCUUCCCCCUCCAGGUGGAAACCGUAUGAUUGACUACAUGAAGUGGUACAAGCCUCUGGUGUGGUUCUGGAUUCUGGUGGGUUUGGCGUACUUCGCGGCCGUCCUCAGCAUGAUUGGAGACUGGCUUCGGGUGCUGUCUAAAAAGACCAAGGAGGAGGUCGGGGAGAUUAAAGCUCAUGCAGCUGAAUGGAAGGCAAACGUACGAGCGGAGUUCCGCGAGACGCGACGACGUCUGAGCGUGGAGAUCCACGACAAGCUCCAGAGGGCCGCCACCAUCCGCAGCAUGGAGCGCCGUCAGCUGGGCCUGGAACAGCGUGCUCACUCCCUCGACAUGCUGUCCCCGGAGAAGCGGGCCAUGUUCGCCAGUCUGGAUGCCGGCCGUUUCAAGACUUCCUCCCAGGAAAGCAUUGACACCAAACUGAACAACCUGAGGCUGAAGGGCGCCUGCUAUGACCAUCAGGGCAGUGAGCAGACACAACAGACAGCCUCUUCCUCGGAGGAGAACCUCUUCAACCUGCGCUUCGGGUCCCUCACCAAGCUGGGCAGGCGCAACAAGAACCGCGAUGUGCGGAGGAACAUUGAAGAUGCUCGUCGAGCGAGUGUAGUCAUGAACACUAGCAACCCCAUGCUUGGGGAGGAGAGGAAAGAGGAAGAGGAAGACGGGGAGCCAGACGAGGAGAACGGAGAGAAGAAAGAGGGAAACACCAGUCUGACGAACCUGUCACAGUACGUGAUGGAGCGUAGCAAGUUGAAUGGGUUCAUACCAGCACAGGCCAAAGAGAGCGAGAAUGAUUAAGUGUGGAACUGAACAACAUUUCAGCCAUAUACAAGUAGUGUAGAGACUGAGAGAGUGAAAGGUACUGAGUCCCAGUGAGAGUGCACGGUCCUUUAGGAUGUCAAGAAAUGUGCCUUUCUGUUUCCUAUGCUUUGAAUCGAACUGCUCCCAGGAAAUUCAGUCAUCGUGCCAUAGCCAUGGGAAGACAACGUGUUGCCAAAAAAAGAAUAUAUGGAAGAGGCUGUAGUUUACAAUACCUCAAGACGGAUGUUGCUGUAAAAUGGGCUAAUUAAAAGCUUUCUUUCCCAAAGGAGCUGCCCUGCUCAGCUCUGCUGUCUUUCAGCCCUCGGGCUCUUUCGAGUCUCUUGGGCACUGACCAUCUGCUCAUGCUAUGUCUUAUUUAUUUUUUAACAACGUGGGCGGGACCGCUAGAGAGCCAGAUUCAUGUCAUUCAUCUUCAGAAACAUUAUCGACCGUCCAUUCGUCAUCUCAUGCUGUGGCGACUAUUUUUAGCCUGCUUGCAGAAAGGACCGUAACAUUAAAUGAACAGAGGGCGGGAGGUUGUUUUUGCCGGAUCAAUCAACAGUAUUUAUCCAGAUGACAUGUCCAACUAUUCCUACAUUGUAUGUGGCUUUGAAAAUGUAGCCUGAAGAUUAAAAAAAUCUAUGACAUACUAAGAGCUUUUGAAAAAACAAAAUAUUUACAGUGCAUGGUUAUUAAAACACAACCAUAGCAGUAAAUUGACAUAAACUAAAGCUUGGAUUUACAGCUGUAAUAACGUGUCUUUUUGUUUGAACAGAAUGAGAUGUAUUUUUGUCCCACAAUGUACAGUAGAAGAGAUGCAUUUAAAAAAAAAAAGCUUGCCACCAUUUUCUUAAUACAUACAAUACAGGCGUAUAGAUUGUCAGCAGUGAUGAACACAACACGACAUUCACACCAUCACAAAUGUGCUGCAAUUGCUUAAAUGAAUUUUCAAAAAAAUGAAUGUGACACUGUUGAUUUUGUAUUCACCAAGCAUGUUUGGAUAUAUAUUUACUCCCUUUUCUAUGAGUCAAGCACCUCAGUUGUAUUUUCCGUUGAACUGUAAAAAAUAUGAACUAAAUAAGUUCUUUUUUUGUAUUUCAUUUUUUAAAAAACACAGUCAAACAUAGUUGUUAUAUAAAAAAAAAUCAUAUUGUGCUUUCUUGUAGCUAAUACAGGUUUAUUCAUGGGCCAUUUGCCACUUUAUUUGCAUUUCAAUAACAGGUUUUUUUUUUUUUAUUUCCCAGAAUUAAUAAAUGUGUCACUGGCGUGCUUUGCAUGCAUUUCUCAAAGUGAAUAAGGGCGCUUCCACCUUUGCAAUUCAGGCAAAAAUGUGAUUUAACCAUGGUUUGUUUAUGAUGUUCACAGGGCAAUUUUCUGACACGCUCUUAACGUCGAAGGCUUGGAAACAAUUUGUGAUCAGUCAGAAUUUUGCAGAAAAAAAGUGAAUUUCAGGAAAACGAUUUCAACUGAAAAUGCAGUUGUGGGCACUGGCAUCUGUUACUAUUCUAUGGUCGCAUGUUCAGUUUUAUUGAUCAUCUACGGAAGAGUAUUAGGGCCACCCCCUUUUUUUUUCAUUUGAGAAAAAAGUCUAGAUACAUUGUGUCAGGUUCAGCAACCUAAAACAUUCAUAAACAUUGCACAAAGAAGAGAAAGACAAGAGUCAACUUUUUACUCGCGAGGAGAACGGACAGAGAUACGUUCAGUUACAAUCUCCUACCGCUCUGAAGCGCACCUUGCCGUACCCUCUUUCUUUAUUUCCUUAGGGAGGUCCCUGGUUACAAUAAGAGUUACAGCUCUAAUGGGGAGGGGAAUACAUAGCUGUAACUCUUCACAUUAUCUUGGUACGUGUUUAAUCACUUUGGCCUUGUCCUCAGGACUGUGUGCUCUGUCUUCUGUCUCAUUGGUGUGGGGAGACGCACAUGUCACCGCUGGGUCCGGGAUGAAACCGCGUCUCUCCACUUCUCAUUCCUGCAAAACAACUCUAUAGACAUACACUGUUGCACAUUGGCCUACCUGGAGAUUAAUAGAUACAUAAACAGUCAGAGUAAAUAUGGGAGAUUAAUAGAUACGUAAACACUCAGAGUAAAUAUGGGAUAACUUGUGUAUAAUAAUUCCAACAUUGUCAUAAAGUAGACCUCUAAUAUCUCUAAGGCUCAGGAGCGUUGUCCCGUAGAGUCCUGAAGCCAGCUGUACUCAUGGCGAACAUGAGGUCUUUGGCAGGAUGGAUAAACUGUGUGCGUUUGUUGGGACCCACAGGGAGUGCACCAUGAGCAGCGUUUGUGUUUGACCUGGCUGUAUGCGACUUCCUGGUGACUUCGGGACUCCAUGGGCAGAUACAGUACCGCAUGUGUGCGGUACUGCUGGUUUGAAUGUCUACUUUAUGACAAGGCAUUUUGACUUUUUUCUCAAAAUUUUGACUUUUUUCCUCAAAAAUUUGACUUUUUCCUCAAAAUUUCCACUUUUUUUUCUCAGAGUGCAUGAUGGGAACAAAAACAACCUGUUUUUUUUCCCCCAUGGGUGGCCACAAUACUCUUCCGUAAGCAUAUAGCCUACAAGGCUAAAAUAACAUUUUAAUGUAAAUGAUCAUAAGAUGCUGUGCUGCUGACAGACACCUCGAGAGGAGAAGACACGCUCUGGAGGCAUAAAAUGACCUGUUGACCCAAGAGUCUCUCUUCCACUGCUUUGUUUAUGUCAUUAAAAGCUACGUCGUGUC